UGCUCCAGGUGUGACUCAAGCUGUAGCGUUUUUAACGGAAGUGAAGUUGAAAUAAUUUCGAAGAUGUUAUAAACAGGAAUAGUUCGUCAUGAAGGAAAAAGAAAUAGAUAAGGAUACGGUCAUUGCCUAUCAUGACUUCGUCCAGACUCAGAUCAGGGGCGAAUUAAAUGGCAUCUUCCUCGGACCAGGUCGGUUUUACGCACAGAUAGCAGUGGCCAGUUUCUUAGGUGGACUGAUUUCCGCAAUCGUUGGAAUAUUGUUGAUAACACUAAGAACCCGUCAUGUAUACCUCAUCUCCUGGGAUGACCAGUUUCUGGGACCUUUUUUCAUAAUCCUUGCCUUCAUGCUGGUCGGAUUUGCAGCAGCCCUCGUCGUUCAAGCUAAGAGACGAGCCAAUGCAUAUAGACGCGAUCUUGUGUUCCGUCCCAUUGGAGACUAUGGUGUUGCAGUGGUUCACAAAAGCAGACUUACUUUUGAGCAAACUACAAAAGAACAACUCAAGUCUGGAACAGCUCCGAAGAAACCUACAAAAGCAAAACCCUACCAGCCUGUAUCCUACAACCAAGGGGGCAGGCCACGCAGAGGUCCCCCUCCAGGAAUGGAAGGCAGAGGGUAUGGAGAACCUCCACCAUACGAUGGAAGACGAGGACCUCCUCCAGAUGGCAGGAGACCUUAUCCAGAUCGUAGAGGACCCUCUGGUCGACCAAGGGGUCCUCCAGAUGACAGAAGAAGAUAUGGGCCACCUGGAGAAGAUGGCAGACCACCUCCAUAUGGAGUCAGAGAUCCUGGUGCCAGGAGGCCUCCUCCAGAUGAUAGAUACAGAGAAGGCCCCCCAAGAGAGAGAAGAGGACCUCCCCCUGAUGACAGGUACAGAGAUGGUCCACCACCUGGGGAUAGAAGUAGAGGUCCUCCACCUGAUGAUAGGUAUGCUGACAUAGACAGGAACAGAAGAAGACCUCCAGAUGAUAGGAAUAUGCCUAAAACAAGAUUGGAGGAUAUGCACGAAGGAGACGAGUCUUCAUUCUAAACUUUCCUAAUAUUUUAGGACACUUCAUCAUUUUGUAUUCUGUGCCAUUAUAAAACACAUUGUACUUCUUCAUAGUCUGGAUCAAGUCAAAUUCACCUCUAACAUACCAAUACUGUCAAGAUGUUAUAUAUAUGACAUUUUAGUGACUAUAUACAUUAUACAUGUAUAUGUAUCUGGAUUGGACCAAAACUACAUAUACUUGGAUCUGAAGUUUUAGAAGAAUGAAUGGACAUUUUUAUCAUUCUAUACUAUUCACAUUCCAAUCAAGUUAGAACCAUAACUUUUAAUAAGAUGUUUGCUAUAAACUUGUAUUUUUUAUGUAAUUUUAUACAAUGUACAUAAUAGGAUUGUCUUAUCAAUAAAAUUUAUACCUUCA